UAAUUCCACCAAACCCCCAAUCCGAAUCUGGAGAGCAAAAUCUGUCAUCCAUCACACCCAUCAUCCUCGUCACCAUUGCCAAUUGCAGUCGCAGACGAUACCACAACAACAGAACUCCACGUCACUGUCUCAAAAGCAACAACACGACCGCACCACUGCACUGCCAGUCCCCCACCCCCACCCCCUCCGCCGCCCCACUACCCCCCAACCCAUAUUCACAUGAAUUCUGCCCCCAAUAUUUUUUAGGGAACGCCAUACUUUACCCUUAUUUGUUGGUUCUAAUUAAUUUCCGGUUCCGAAGAUAAGGCGCACACGCUACCGUUGCAGUUUCUGAGGUUAAGAAACUCUUAGCUAAUGGGCACUGUGGCUGUCGAAAUAUCAUGGCCGUCCAUUGCGGAUGCAUUAGAUCAGCCGUUGGAUAUACAUAUAGAAGAAGAAGGGAAUUCAUCAGAUUCUUCGAAGUGUUUUGGUUCUUGUAUUGUCAAUAUUCCGAAACCUCCUCCAUUGCCGGGGAAAAGUUCGAUUAGGCCAUUAGCUAAGCAAUGCCGAGUUCCCAAAGAAACGAGGGAUUUGUGGGAUAAGCUUUUCAAUGAAGGAUAUGGAGCCGAUGUACAUAUAAUUGCCGAGAAUGGGUCGAUUGUCGCAGCUCAUUGUAGCAUUCUGAGUGUUGCGUCGCCGGUGGUCGGGAGUUUUUUAGAUAAGACAAAGUGUAAGAAUGGCGUGAGAGUUUUGAGGAUUCCCGGGGUUCCGUAUGAUGCCCUCUUUGCUUUCGUCCGCUUCCUUUAUUCUUCUCGAUAUGACGACGAGGAUAUGAAGAAGUUUGUCCUUCAUCUACUCGUUUUAUCGCAUUCCUACGCCGUCCCGUCUCUUAAAAGAAUCUGCGAGCAUUUUCUGGAGCACGGUUGGUUGAAUAAGGAAAACGUCGUCGAUGUUUUGCAGCUGGCGAGAAGCUGCGACGCGCCCCGACUCGCUCUCUUUUGUCUUCGUAUGGUUGUUAGAGACUUCAAAACCGUUGCCGCCACCGAAGCAUGGAAAGUGAUGAGGCUCGCCAAUCCUGCGAUCGAGCAAGAGCUAUUGGAGUCGGUUGUCGAGGCCGAAUCGAGAAAAGAAGAGCGAGUAAAGAAAAUCGAAGAGAAAAAGGUGUACCUCCAACUCCACGAGGCGAUGGAGGCUCUGCUUCACAUCUGCAGAGACGGGUGUCGAACAAUCGGGCCCCGUGACAAAGCGUUGAAAGGCAGCCAGGGGACUUGCAUUUUCCCGGCCUGCAAGGGUCUCGAGACACUGAUCCGCCAUUUCUCGAGCUGCAAGACCCGAGUACCCGGCGGGUGCGUCCAUUGCAAACGAAUGUGGCAACUUCUCGAGCUUCACUCUCGUAUGUGCCACGACCCCGACUGUUGCAAAGUCCCUCUUUGCCGGCAUUUCAAGGUGAAGAUGCAGCAACAGAGCAAGAAAGACGAGGCCAAGUGGCGGAUACUGGUGAGCAAAGUGGCAGCAGCCCGGAACGCGCAGCGGCUGCUGCGGGCGUCGCAUAAAAGGUAUGAUUUUUAUUAGUCGAGGGUUUGAGCCGAAGCCGAAAGGGAAUCGAAUGAAUGAAUGAAUAUGCAUACAUUGUGGGCUGAGUUUUACAUGGCCUUAAUUGUGAAGUGAAAAAUCAAGGAUAUAUGUAUGCCAAGAUUAAUGUAGUUUAAUGUAAUGAAUGUACAAUGCAAAAGAGACAUGUACAAUACUUGGAUUUAGAUCUUCUAUAUUAUGUUGUAAUGAAAGAUCAGCGAUGAAGAAUAAUGAUUUUAUUAGAUCGA